AGACAGGAAGUGACGUGUUUUGUUGACAAGUUUCAGUUUAGUUUCACUUUGUCUCCUCGUGACGCAGUUUCAGGUACUAUCAGAGACCAGACUGUCCUGGACCCGAAUCUGAACCUGGACCCGGACCUGGACCUGGGUCCAUAAAGACUGACAGGUCAAUGGAUUAUCCUGAGAAGGACAAAGAUGGACGCUCAACAGGAGCAGAAUUUAUCUUGUGUUUCUAUCAGGAGGAUGCUGGAAGAACCUGAACCCAGCGGUGUGUCCAUGAAGAGUGACGGAUCUAUGGAUCAUCCUUAUAACUUCAAAGACGGACACCACUCCACUAGAAGGAGGAUGCUGGAAGAACCUGAACCCAGCGGUGUGUCCAUGAAGAGUGACGGAUCUAUGGAUCAUCCUUAUAACUUCAAAGACGGACACCACUCCACUAGAAGGAGGAUGCUGGAAGAACCUGAACCCAGCUGUGUGUCCAUGAAGAGUGACGGAUCUAUGGAUCAUCCUUGUACCUUCAAAGAUGGAAGAGUGGACCAGCAGAGCUCAGAGGUUCCCGGUGGUCAGUCUGCCCAGCAGCAUCAGACCGACCUGGACUCCAUAUUUCUGCUGCUGGAGGAGAACAUCUGCACUUUUGUGAAGAACGAGCUGAAGAAGAUCCAGAAGGUUCUGAGUCCAGAUUACCAAGAAUCCUCUGAGACUCAGAGGGAGGAUGAGGAGGAUGAAGAGCAGAUGAGGAGCAGCAGAGAGGCCUUUCUGAAGGUUACACUGCAUUUCCUGAGGAAAAUGGAGCAGAAGGAUCUGGCUGACUGUCUGCAGAGCAGAAUUAAUGCUGGAGUCUGUCAGCGUAAUCUGAAGUCUAACCUUCAGAAGAAGUUCAAGUGUGUGUUUGAGGGGAUCUCUAUAGCAGGAAACCCAACCCUUCUGAAUCAGAUCUACACAGAGCUCUACAUCUCAGAGGGAUGGACUGCAGAGGUCAAUGAUGAACAUGAGGUCAGACAGAUUGAAACAGCAUCCAGGAAACCAGACAGACCAGAAACAACAAUCAGACAAGAAGACAUCUUUAAAGCCUCACCUGGAAGAGAUGAACCAAUCAGAACCGUGCUGACAAAGGGAGUGGCUGGCAUUGGGAAAACAGUCUUAACACAGAAGUUCACUCUGGACUGGGCUGAAGACAAAACCAACCAGGACAUCCACUUCAUAUUUCCAUUCACUUUCAGAGAGCUGAAUGUGCUGAAAGAGAAAAAGUUCAGCUUGGUGGAACUUGUUCAUCACUUCUAUCCUGAAACCAAAGAAGCAGGAAUCUGCAGGUUUGCAGAGUUCCACGUUGUGUUCAUCUUUGACGGUCUGGAUGAGUGUCGACUUCCUCUGGACUUCCACAACACUGAGAUCCUGACUGAUGUCACAGAGUCCACCUCAGUGGAUGUGCUGCUGACAAACCUCAUCAGGGGGAAACUGCUUCCCUCUGCUCGCCUCUGGAUAACCACACGACCUGCAGCAGCCAAUCAGAUCCCUGCUGACUGUGUUGACAUGGUGACAGAGGUCAGAGGGUUCACUGACCCUCAGAAGGAGGAGUACUUCAGGAAGAGAUUCAGAGAAGAGGAGCAGGCCGGCAGAAUCAUCUCCCACAUCAAGAAAUCACGAAGCAUCCACAUCAUGUGCCACAUCCCAGUCUUCUGCUGGAUCUCUGCUACAGUUCUGGAUCUGUUGAAAACCAGAGAGGGAGGAGAGCUGCCCAAGACCCUGACUGAGAUGUACAUCCACUUCCUGGUGGUUCAGUCCAAAGUGAAGAACAUCAAGUAUGAUGGACGAGCUGAGACAGAUCCACACUGGGGUCCAGAGAGCAGGAAGAUGAUUGAGUCUCUGGGAAAACUGGCUUUUGAUCAGCUGCAGAAAGGAAACCUGAUCUUCUAUGACUCAGACCUGACAGAGUGUGGCUUCGAUAUCACAGCAGCGUCAGUGUACUCAGGAGUGUUCACACAGCUCUUUAGAGAGGAGAGAGGACUGUACCAGGACAGGGUGUUCUGCUUCAUCCAUCUGAGUGUUCAGGAGUUUCUGGCUGCUCUUCAUGUUCAUCUGACCUUCAUCAAGUCUGGAGUCAAUCUGAUGGAAGAAGAACAAUCAACCUCCUGGUGGUCUGAGGUGUUCGGGGGCAGAUCAACACGUCUCUACCAGAGUGCUGUGGACAAGGCCUUACAGAGUCCAAAUGGACACCUGGACUUGUUCCUCCGCUUCCUCCUGGGUCUUUCUCUGGAGACCAAUCAGAAUCUCCUACGAGGUCUGCUGACACAGACAGGAAGUAGCUCACAGACCAAUCAGGAAACAGUCAAGUACAUCAAGAAGAAGAUCAGUGAGGAUCUGUCUCCAGAGAGAAGCAUCAACCUGUUCCACUGUCUGAGUGAACUGAAUGAUCGCUCUCUCUUCACUGAUUAGAUUGGUUAACUAUAUGCAUGAGGACUGAUGAGCCAAUCAGAGGCAGAGUAGGGCGGGUCAUGCCGAGGAAAAUAUUGCUAACAUCUCAGUGCCACCCCAGUUGAUUGACAGGUCACUGCACGUAUCCUUUAAAGAUGCGCGAUUAUUGGAAAUGCGAACGAGAAAGGCAGAAUAAACAUCUUUCAAGUGAGUGGCACUAGGGGUGUGCCAUAUCGUAUCGUUCAUGAUAAUAUAGGUAUAUUUUUUUUAUGGUUAAAAAAAAUGCAUAUCACGAUAUUGGUAACAUUCCUACUUCUUGAUGUAGUGGCGUAAGGCUAACAAUUAGAGUUGUUUUAAUCACAAAAAGCUACUUACUCUCUGUCGCUAAACACAUGCAGCUUUCAAAAUAAGAGCACGGUGUGUUAACAGACUCCACCACAGAACUUACAAGAAAACUGUCAAAAUAAGAUGCCUUAAAUAAAACAUACAAGAACCUUUAUUCUCCUUUACAAAAUGUCAUUAAAAUAUGCCCCCGAAAACCCUAAAUGGUUAUUUUUUAUUAUUAUUGCUCAUACUCAAGAGACGAGAGCAAUUUUUUUUGUAUUUGGCAACUGUUGAGAUUUGCACUUCACACUUUAUUUUAGAUUUUUAUUUAUUUAUAUUGACUAAAAAAACAUAUUUUCUAUAUCUUUUUAAGUAUUUCGUAAUAUCGUGAAGAAUAAUCGUUAUUGCAAAAAUAGCCUGAAAUAUCGUGAUAUUCUUUUAGGGCCAUAUCGCCCUAAGUGGCACGUAUCGAGAGCAAAUCUGUCUGGAAUAUACUGUAGUAUGAGCAAAGUGCUGGGUUGAGAGAGUUCAUCACUGUUGAUGUGUUGUAAAUGUAUAUAUUUUUGUUGAUUGUUAACUAAAUAUUGUUGUUUUGUAACAUAUUUUGCUGAAAUGAUUUAAAUGAAGAUGUUCAAAACAAAGCAGUAAUUAAAAAAAUGAUGACAUUCAAUAUUUGUAGCGAUAUGUAUAUAUAUAUCUAUCGAAGUAUGCUAAAAUAAUGUUCAGCUAUUGAAAACCAAAACAUGCAUUUCAAUUUUAUGACACUUUUGAGUUUAUCUGAUUGGUUUUGAUGUGUGGA